UCAGCCUUUAAAGAUUCGAGAAGCUCUCGUUCGGAUGCCCUCCCCCCCUCCUCCUGCUCCGGCCUCUCCCGUCUCUAUAGAUACCACGGAGACGGAAGCGAAACAUCGCGAGAGAACCCUGAUGGCGAUUCCGAGCGAUCGAGAAACCCUAGAGAGAGCGCCGGAGCCGUCUCCAGCGUCGGACCUCCAAUCGUCUCUGCGGCGGAGGCUACACUCCACCGUGGCGGCCGUGGUGGUGCCGGAUUCCUCCUCCAAGACGAGCUCCCCGAGCGCUGAGAACUUGACCACCGAUUCCGGGGAGGACUCCCGCGGGGACACGAGCUCCGAUGCUGAUACGAGGGAUCGCGUGGUGGACGGGGUUGAUCGGGAGGAGGAGAAUAAGACAGUCUCCGUCUUGAAUGGUAGGCAAUACGAGGAUGGUGGUGGGAGGGGCCAGGGACAAGGAACGGGAGGUGGGGUUCCGGCGAAGUUCUUGUAUCGGGCGUCGGCUCCGGCUCACCGGAAAGUGAAGGAGAGUCCGCUCAGUUCUGAUGCUAUUUUCAAACAGAGCCAUGCAGGUCUUUUGAACCUCUGUAUAGUAGUGCUUAUUGCGGUGAACAGCAGGCUUAUUAUUGAGAACUUGAUGAAGUAUGGCCUAUUAAUUAGAGCUGGAUAUUGGUUCAGUUCAAAAUCACUCAGAGAUUGGCCACUCCUGAUGUGUUGCCUCACGCUGCCUGCUUUUCCUCUUGGUGCUUUCAUGGUUGAAAAGCUGGCCCAGCACAACUUCAUUUCUGAAUCAGUUGUUAUCUCACUUCAUGUAAUAAUUACAACAGCUGAACUCUUAUAUCCAGUUAUUGUGAUUCUUAGGUGUGAUUCUGCUGUUUUAUCUGGCAUUACAUUGAUGCUCUUUGCAAGUGUUGUUUGGUUAAAGCUUGUGUCAUAUGCACAUACUAAUUAUGAUAUGAGGACGCUGUCUAAAUCUAUUGAUAAGGAGGAUAUGUAUUCAAAGUGUCCUGAGAUUGAUAACCUGAAAGGUGACAGCUUUAAAAGUUUAGUAUACUUCAUGGUGGCUCCCACACUUUGUUACCAGCCAAGCUAUCCUCGUACAACAUGCAUUAGAAAAGGUUGGGUGAUUCGUCAAGUUGUUAAGUUGGUGAUUUUUACAGGUUUGAUGGGUUUCAUCAUUGAGCAAUACAUAAACCCGAUUGUCCAGAAUUCUCAGCAUCCAUUGAAAGGGAACUUUUUGAAUGCUAUAGAGAGAGUCUUGAAGCUAUCAGUACCAACUUUAUAUGUGUGGCUUUGUAUGUUCUAUUGCUUUUUCCAUCUAUGGUUGAAUAUUCUUGCUGAACUCCUUUGCUUUGGUGAUCGUGAGUUUUACAAAGAUUGGUGGAAUGCGAAAACAAUUGAAGAGUAUUGGAGAAUGUGGAACAUGCCUGUCCAUAGAUGGAUGAUUCGUCAUAUAUAUUUUCCCUGCUUACGUAAUGGCUUGCCAAGGGCUGUUGCUAUUUUGAUUUCCUUUCUCGUUUCUGCUAUAUUCCACGAGAUAUGCAUUGCUGUUCCCUGCCACAUAUUCAAGUUUUGGGCAUUCAUAGGGAUAAUGUUUCAGAUUCCCCUGGUCAUCCUGACGAAGUACCUCCAGCAUAAAUUCACAAACAGUAUGGUGGGGAACAUGAUCUUUUGGUUCUUCUUCAGCAUUCUUGGGCAGCCCAUGUGCGUCCUCCUAUACUACCAUGAUGUGAUGAACAGGAAAGUGAGGACCGAAUAGACUCAAGCGGUUCUCCACCGUAGCCAUUAUGCCAUUGCCGCGGAACAGCUGAACCAGGGUUUUUUGAGCACGGAAACGGCAAUAUGACGCCACUUCCAUCUGGUAUCUUGCACCAUCUUUAUGUCUAGAUUCAAUAUUUUUAUUGGGAACUCUCGCUGCUACGCAUUUGGCAUUGAGCUCCGCGAAGCACCUUUAAGCUCUCAUUUGGAACAUGACAAGGACGACAUGAUGUUUAAAACCAAAAUGAGCCUUUUUUAGUGGACACCCAAACAGGUGGAAUGGUGUAACAUAUUAGAUUUUCAUAAUAAUUCCAGGCCCUGGGGUGGCAUAAUACUCUAGUGUAUAAAUCUUCUGUAAUGUUGUCUCCAAACCGAUUAGAUUUUCAUAAUAAUUCCAGACCUUGGACAGGCGUAACUAUUUUUUUGUACUCUAGCGUAUAAAUCUUCUGUAAUGCUGUUACCAAGCCUCAUGGGGUUAUUACUUCAUUCAGAAAUCGGAACUCAGGAUAUUCUGUA